UUCCAAGGCGACGGCCCUGCUGCCUCUCCAGCCAAGUGGCUGGAGUCGGGAGGCUGGAAAGCGACUCCGAGAAAGUACCAGCGGAAGGCGGCCGCCGCCACCGCGGCUCGCAGGGAGUAGCAGACGAAGACGGCGGCCGCCGCACUAGCCACCACGUGUGGAGGAUAAACGGCCUACACGGCCAUUCCGGCGCCGAGUCAAGGGAAAGAGUUAGCGACGACGGGGAAAGAAAACGUGAACAGGGCGACCGCCGCUCCAGGGUCGCUGCAGGAAGCCUAAGUGGAGACGCCGGCUUCUCCCGGAGUGACUUGAGAAGGGUCGGUGAAAACCUCGGCCACUGCCGCAGCGUCUCUAGGGAGGGAGUUAGGGGAGAUAGUGGCCACAGUCACAGCUGCUCUUGGGAGAGAGUUAGGGGAGACCGCACCUUCUGCAGCAGCGACGUGAAUUUUAGUGAAGUUGGAGGCCACCAAACUACCGACUCCAGGGGAACAGCCAGAGAAGACCGAGGCCUCCGCCUCAGUGGUCCUUGGGAGCGAGUCAGUGACGUCCGGGACUCGCGAACUAGUGACUUCGGGGAUAGAGUCAGUGACGAUCGCAGUCGCCGCCUCAGUGGCUCCUGGGAGGGAGGGAGUGUCGAUGGCGGCCACAGCCUUGGUAGUUCUUGGGAGGGAGUAAGUGGAGACCGCGGCUACGCAGCCAGUGACUCCUCCGGUGUGAGCGGCAGUGAAGACGCCAGCUGCCGCUUCAGUGGCUUUUGGGAGAGAGAAAGUGAAGACGAAGGUUUCCGCUGCAGCUUCUGGGAGAGAGCAAGAGAGGACCUUGGGCCCCGUCCUAGUGACGACGGAGAAGAGGGCCGCUGCCGCUGCCGCUGCAGUGGCUCGUGGGUGAGAGCAAGUGAAGACUGCCGCAGCAUCAGGGUCCUGGACUCAACUCCUCCCCAGAGUCGGAGGUGUUGCGCCAUGCCCGGGGUGGCCAAUUCAGGCCCCUCCACUUCCUCUAGGGAGACUGCAAACCCCUGUUCCAGGAAGAAGGUGCAUUUUGGCAGCAUACAUGAUGCAGUACAAGCUGGAGAUGUAAAGCAGCUUUCAGAAAUAGUGGAAUGUGGAGCCAGCAUUAAUGAAGUUGAUGUUCUCCAUAAGUUUACCCCUUUACAUUGGGCAGCACAUUCUGGAAGUUUGGAGUGUCUUCAUUGGCUGCUCUGGCAUGGAGCUGAUAUCACACACGUAACAACGAGAGGUUGGACAGCAUCUCACAUAGCUGCAAUCAGGGGUCAAGAUGCUUGUGUACAGGCUCUUAUAAUGAAUGGAGCAGAUCUGACAGCCCAGGAUGACCGGGGAUGCACUGCUUUACAUCUUGCUGCAACUCAUGGACAUUCUUUCACUUUACAAAUAAUGCUCCGAAGUGGAGUGGAUCCCAGUGUGACCGAUAAGAGAGAAUGGAGACCUGUGCAUUAUGCAGCUUUUCAUGGGCGGCUUGGCUGCUUGCAACUUCUUGUUAAAUGGGGUUGUAGCAUAGAAGAUGUGGACUGCAAUGGAAACCUUCCAGUUCACUUAGCAGCCAUGGAAGGCCAUCUUCACUGCUUCAAAUUCCUAGUCAGUAGAAUGAGCAGUGCAACGCAAGUUUUAAAAGCUUUCAAUGAUAAUGGAGAAAAUGUAUUGGAUUUGGCCCAGAGGUUCUUCAAGCAGAACAUUUUACAAUUUAUUCAGGGGGCUGAGUAUGAAGGAAAAGACCUAGAGGAUCAGGAAACUUUAGCAUUUCCAGGUCAUGUGGCUGCCUUUAAGGGUGAUUUGGGGAUGCUUAAGAAAUUAGUAGAAGAUGGAGUAAUCAAUAUUAAUGAGCGUGCUGAUAAUGGAUCAACUCUUAUGCAUAAAGCUGCUGGACAAGGCCACAUAGAGUGUUUGCAGUGGUUAAUUAAAAUGGGAGCAGACAGUAGUAUUACCAACAAAGCAGGGGAGAGACCCAGUGAUGUGGCAAAGAGGUUUGCCCAUUUGGCAGCAGUGAAGCUGUUAGAGGAGCUACAGAAAUGUGAUAUAGAUGAUGAAAAUGAAAUCGAUGAAAAUGAUGUGAAAUAUUUUAUAAGACAUGGUGUUGAGGGAAGCACUGAUGCCAAGGAUGAUUUAUGUCUGACUGACUUGGAUAAAACAGAUGCCAGAAUGAGAGCUUACAAGAAAAUUGUAGAAUUGAGACACCUCCUGGAAAUUGCUGAGAGCAACUAUAAACACUUGGGAGGCAUAACAGAAGAAGAUUUAAAGCAGAAGAAAGAACAGCUUGAGUCUGAAAAGACCAUCAAAGAACUGCAGGGCCAGCUGGAGUAUGAACGACUACGUAGAGAAAAAUUAGAAUGUCAGCUUGAUGAAUAUCGAGCAGAGGUUGAUCAACUCAGGGAAACACUGGAAAAAAUUCAGGUCCCCAACUUUGUGGCUAUGGUUGGUGUCCUUUUUAAUACAUUUAUUUUUCUCAAGAAGUAUAUACAAGAGUGGCUAAGAGUACAAGCUUUGGGCUGGGGCUCUUUGGUCUUGAAUCCUGGCUAUAGUCUUUUUUGAUUUGGGCUACUCAUUUAACCUUUUUGUGCCUCAGCUAUAAACUGGAGAUGAUUACUUACACUUUCUAGAGCUGAUGACAGGAUUAAAGGAAUACACACACUAUAUCUAACUAUAACUUUCUGUAUACUUACACACAUCUGUCUAUUUAUCUAUCUUCAAACAGCAGCCUAGUUCGUAGGUAUUAUUGUUAAUAUUGUACCGUAGAAGGAGAAAAUGUUUUCAUAAGCAGAGUAAUCAAUCAGAAUUCUAAGACAGCUAGAGGAUAUGUGUAUUUUAAUAUUCUAAAUAACCAAAAUAAAGUGCUUUGGAUGGAA